AUGGCACCAACCGCCACUGACUCUCCCCCUCAGGUGGACACACCGAUGACAGAUGCUAAUGAUGAUGUUAUCCCAUCGAUUCCCGUGGACGCGCUGAGUUACCAAGCAACCCCUGACUACACGGACUCGGAGACCAAUCCGAACACCACAGCGAGCAGCAUCGCAGGCGAUGUUACUCUAGCAGACGGGCGACGACGCAGGUCAGAAGCCACACAACUGAGAAAAAGUAUUUUGGGCAAGAAGCAAAGCCGUCUGGAUGAGACUAAGGAAGAUGACUCCAUUCGUCGAUUCCGAUACCUGCUCGGCCUCACCGAUCUGUUUCGCCACUUCAUCGAGACCAAUCCAAACCCACGGAUCAAGGAGAUUAUGGCUGAAAUCGAUCGUCAAAACGCAGAAUCCGAGGAGAAGGCACGCAAAGGAUCUUCGCGUUCUGGCGGUGCCAGCGGAGAACGACGUCGUCGAACCGAGCAGGAGGAAGAUGCGGAGCUGCUGCAGGACGAAAAGAGUGGCGGCGAGACCACCACGGUAUUCCGAGAGUCGCCAGCUUUCAUCCAUGGAGAGCUUCGUGACUACCAGAUUGCUGGUCUGAACUGGCUUGUUUCGCUCCAUGAAAAUGGUAUCUCUGGUAUCCUGGCCGAUGAGAUGGGUUUGGGAAAGACCUUGCAGACCAUUUCCUUCCUGGGCUAUCUGCGCUAUGUCGCCGGAAUCACAGGCCCGCAUCUUGUCGCCGUGCCAAAGUCAACGCUGGAUAAUUGGAAACGAGAGUUUGCCAAAUGGACACCCGAAAUGGACAUCCUAGUCCUCCAGGGUGACAAGGAGGAGCGACAACGCCUUAUCAACGACCGUCUGUCAAAUGAGAACUUCGACGUGUGUAUCACUAGCUACGAAAUGAUUCUUCGCGAAAAAUCGCAUCUGAAGAAGUUUGCAUGGGAAUACAUCAUUAUCGACGAGGCCCACCGCAUCAAGAACGAAGAAUCUUCGCUGUCACAAAUCAUUCGUCUAUUUAACUCCCGCAACCGACUGUUGAUCACCGGUACUCCGUUGCAAAACAAUCUUCACGAAUUGUGGGCGCUGUUGAACUUUCUACUGCCGGAUGUUUUUGGUGAUUCCGACGCUUUCGACCAGUGGUUCUCUAACCAAGAAUCUGAUCAGGAUACUGUUGUACAACAACUCCACCGUGUCCUUCGUCCUUUCUUGCUUCGACGUGUCAAGAGCGAUGUUGAGAAGAGCCUGCUGCCCAAGCAAGAAAUGAACCUUUAUGUGCCCAUGUCCGACAUGCAGGUCAAGUGGUACCAAAAGAUUCUGGAAAAAGACAUUGAUGCCGUCAACGGUGCGGCCGGGAAGCGCGAGUCUAAGACUCGCCUUUUGAACAUUGUCAUGCAAUUGCGGAAGUGUUGCAACCACCCUUACCUCUUCGAGGGUGCGGAGCCUGGUCCUCCCUACACCACCGAUGAGCACCUUAUCUACAACUCCGGAAAAAUGGCUAUCUUGGAUAAGCUCUUGAAGCGUAUGCAGGCCGAUGGCAGCCGCGUGCUCAUCUUUUCCCAGAUGAGCCGUGUUCUGGAUAUCCUCGAAGAUUACUGUGUAUUCCGAGAGUUCAACUACUGUCGAAUUGAUGGUACCACGGCCCACGAGGAUCGCAUUGCGGCUAUCGACGACUACAACAAACCAGGGUCAGACAAGUUCAUUUUCUUGCUAACUACACGUGCCGGUGGUUUGGGUAUUAACCUCACCACUGCCGACAUUGUGGUGCUUUUUGAUAGCGAUUGGAACCCCCAGGCCGAUCUACAGGCCAUGGACCGUGCGCAUCGAAUUGGUCAGACCAAGCAGGUCAAGGUUUUCAGAUUUGUUACGGAGAAUGCAAUCGAGGAAAAGGUCCUUGAACGUGCAGCGCAGAAGUUGCGCCUGGAUCAACUUGUCAUCCAGCAAGGCCGCGCUCAACAACAAUCCAAAAAUGCUGCCUCGAAGGACGACCUUCUCGGAAUGAUUCAGCACGGCGCCGCCAAUAUUUUCGGUCCAAGAACUGGCGAUGGAGGCGCUAACGACAUCACCCAGGACGACUUCGAUGCCAUCCUUCGAAAGGGCGAAGAGCGAACAGCCAAAUUGAACAAGAAAUACGAGAAACUUGGUAUCGAUGAUCUUCAGAAGUUCAGUUCCGAAAGCGCGUAUGAAUGGAAUGGUCAGGAUUUCACCGAGCGCAAGAAAGAUAUCGGCAUGACCUGGAUCAACCCGGCCAAGCGUGAACGAAAGGAACAGUUCUACUCUAUCGACAAGUACUACCGUCAAGCUCUUGCCACCGGCGGGCGGACUGCCGACACUAAGCCCAGGGCUCCACGGGCUCCCAAGCAAACGACAGUUCACGACUGGCAGUUCUUCCCGCCCGGUCUUCAGGAAUUGCAGGAGAAGGAAACCGCUUACUUCCACAAGGAAAUUGGUUACAAGGCUGUUUUGCCUGAAGGGCCAGAAGAAGAGCUAAGUGAUCGAGAAGCCGAGCGGGAUCUUGAGCAACAGGAGAUCGACAAUUCCCAACCGCUUACUGAGGAGGAACGGGCUGAAAAGGAGCGCUUGUCGGAGGAAGGUUUUUCUACCUGGAAUCGCCGUGAUUUCCAACAGUUUGUUAACGGCUCAGCCAAAUUCGGCCGUACCGACUACAAGGGCAUUGCUACUGAGGUGGACAGCAAGGAGCCCGAUGAGGUUGAGGAAUAUGCCGAAGUUUUCUGGCGGCGGUACACCGAGAUUCAAGACUAUUCUAAGUACCUCAAGGUGAUCGAGCAGGGUGAGGAGAAGCUACGCAAGAUGAACCACCAACGCAAGAUGCUGCGCAAAAAGAUGGAAAUGUACCGUGUGCCCUUGCAGCAGCUCAAGAUCAACUACACAGUCUCCACAACCAACAAGAAAGUGUACACCGAGGAGGAAGAUCGCUUUUUGCUGGUGAUGCUGGAUAAGUAUGGUGUUGAAGGCGAUGGUCUGUACGAUAAGAUCCGCGAUGAAGUUCGGGAUUCGCCUCUUUUCCGUUUCGACUGGUUCUUCCUCAGCCGCACUCCAGUGGAGAUUGGUCGUCGCUGUACCACGCUACUCAACACAGUUGCUAAGGAGUUUGAACCCGAAGGCAAGGCCAAUGGGGAGGUUAAAGGAGAGGGGAAGGGCCGCGGCCGAGACCGUGACGAAGAUGAAGAGAACGAUGACGCGGCAGCCCCUGCAAAGAAGAAGGCUAAGAAUGGCGCCACAACCAAGGCUAAACCUGCUACUAAGGUCGCUAGCAAGGGUGCCUCCGCCUCCACUUCGCGGGCGGCAAGUGUUUCGAAUGCUCCCAAGUCAAAGACUCGGAAGAGAUAG